ACAAAUCAAAGGCUGGCUAUGCCGCACAAGGUACCCAUGGCAGCCACCUCAUACACCCGAGCUCAACUUAUACGAAUUACGCGUAUUGCAUGGGCCGGUUCCAAGUCAAUACUCUAUGAAAACUCCAUGGGUGGAUUCAUGGCGUUUAUAACCGAUAUGGAGAGUCUAUAAUAUUGUUGUAUUACGAAGUUGUAACCACCCAAAUUAUCGGAUCACAGGCAUAUUUCCACUACAUAACACCCAGCUGGAUAUCAAUACCAUAAAGAAAGUAUCAUAAUGCUAAGAUUUUGCCAAGUCCGUGAGCUAAGGUAUUAUUUCUAGCAGGAUAAACAUUGACUUAACGGCUUUGCUGCUACUUGAAUAUGCCUUCCAUCCCGGUUGAAGACUGUGCUAGCCAUACUACUGCCAAAUCCUCGGCUUAAACAAGGCAGCCAGGUGCAGGUCGUCCGAAAGGUUCGGUCGGAAUUAGAACAUACGGGGGUUAUCCCCGGAAGGAUUAUGUAGCGCUCGGAGGUUGUCCACUGCGGAGUUCGGCCGGGAGGGACGGACGAGUUAAUACUUUGAGACAUCCAGCUAACCCAAUCGCUUUGAUAUAAGUAGCUUUCCAGUGUAGCGAUAAUCAUGUGUCAACCAGCAUAUCCAUCACACGUUCUGAUAUAGUAAUAUUUAAGAGUUACACAACAUGAAGCCAUCUGUAGUGUUACUGUCACUCCCUUGGGCUAUAUCAGUUGAAGCAUCCGCUACCGGCCAACCGCAGCCACCUAAGUUUCAAUGGACAGACCUCCCGGCUGUUGGAAAUGGCGCUGCUAUUCAGGAACACGGCACUACAGCGACCAAUACUCAUAUCUAUGUUCUAGGUGGCAUUUCGCCUAAUGCCAACGCCAGCAUACCAGCGAUCCAGUCGAGAGACACAUUCGAGGCUUACUCGCUUGAAGAAGACACGUGGGAGAGUCUCACACCGAUCCCGGAGGCUUUCACCCAUAUCAAUGCCGCCGCUGUUAACGAUAAAAUCUACUUGCUCGGAGGUCUCACAGGAGAUGGAUCGGAUAUGGUGUGGCGGUCUUCACGCGACUGUUUCGUCUACGACAUCUCUAAACGGACGUGGUCGGCUCUACCCCCUAUGCCGGAGGGACAGGGCCGUGGGGCUUCAGCUGUAGGAAUAUCCGGAAAUAUCGUGUACUUAGCUGGAGGGUUGGAUCGACUCGAAAUUGGUGGCGACCAACUUACUCUUGAUAUUGUGACCGCAUACGAUACCGAAAAGGGUACAUGGACAACGCUACCAAGUAUUCCUGCCCCGAGAGAUCACGUCGGGGGAGCAGUCAUAGGCCAGAAGUUCUACGUUGUUGGCGGUCGCGAUCACGGGCAAGUGGACGUGCGUAACACAACCUGGUCUCUCGAUCUCAACGCGUCAUCAAAGGGAUGGGUAGCCCAUGCCGAAAUGCCUACCGCCCGCGGUGGACUUGCGGUUGGCGUCAUCGGCAAUUACAUUGCAACUUUCGGGGGCGAAGGCAACCCAGAACCCGGGUCGAACGGCGUAUUCAACGAAACGGAAGUUUACAGUGUGAAGGACGACGUGUGGUUCAAGCAGCCGGCUAUGCGACACCCGAGGCAUGGUACGGCGGCGGCCUCGGUAAACGGUCGCAUCUACAUCCCAGGCGGCGGUGUUGUUAUGGGCUCGGGACCAGUGGAUACGUUUGAUUCAUUCGAACUGAGUCCUUGAUAUAAUAUCGAGGUUAUGGGAGGAAUCGGGAUGAUUUUGUUUUGGCGCAGAAUAUGUUCAAAAUAUAAAUAUACUGUCAUAGAGUCGGGGUUACUACAUCUUAUCCGAUCCCAGUAAUGUGGUAAGGGGUAACUACCUACGAUUUAGGAAAUGCUACGUAUUUAAUACAGGCAAUACAUAAUUAUAAGUUGUUUAA